AUGACAGGCUGCGGCUUCGGCCCAAACCCAGAAGCGUCGAACACAUCGAUCGACAACCCGAGGCCGCACAUCCCUGACCCCAACACUGGGCGUCCUGUCUCAUUCGAAGGCGUGGAGUUCCGUUACCGUGACAAUUCUCCAACGAUCGGCCCAGCCGGCACAGUGCACUGUCCCAUGCAAUCGUAUGCCAAGUUUCUCCGCCUACAUAUCGACGGCAUCCACCAAAACACAUCCGGCGCCUCCUUGCCAUGGUACAAUCUUACCACUUCCGACUUCCAGUUCCCCCAUACACGGUGGAAUUCCGCCGCGGACUCCGAGAUCGGAUCCAGAUACACGCCUGGCGGCUUCUGGACACGGGGUACGAUGAUACUGGAACACAAUGGGUCGAACAGCCUGACCGCUGGCCAUGUGUACAUCCUCAUUGGGGAUUCGGCUGAGUACUCGACUUUCGGCUUCACACUCACCAAUGUGGGAGGGGACAGGUCCUUGCUGGCGGUGCAGGAUGGGGUCAAUCGGAUGCUGAGGGGGAACUCAGAUUUGUUCAAACAGUGA